UUCAGUAACCUAGCAACGCCAGCAUUUAUUCGUUUACCAACCGUUAGUCGAAACGAUUCAACGUAAGACGAUGGCCGAUCAAAGCAGAAAUUUUUGUGUUAAAUGCGACGAGAAACUCAGCAACGACAAGGAUGUGCAGAAAACAUUAAAGUGCAGCGGCAGUUGCAACAAGGGCAUGCAUUACACGUGCAGUUCUUACAACACUAAUGAAUUGCAGUUUUUAGAGAACCACAAAGAUAACGUGAAGUGGUACUGCGACGGAUGUUCGGAAGGAUCUCCUGUGAAAGUCAACCAGUGAGUAAGGAAUAUUUUUGCGCUCUGCUGUUAACAUUCUUUAUGUCGCCCAUAAGUUGGAGAAAGAAGUUUUGCAAUACCUGUUGUUUUUCAUUUUAAUAUAUUCUAGAUAAAAUAGUUUCUUUUGGUCGGUGUUUUUAUGAAAA